ACCUGAAUUAAGAAUAUUUAAUAACGUGUUACGUUCGCGGCGGUUUAUUACUCGCCGCUGAGCCGUAGCAGCAGUUUGCGCAACGCUAUCCGCGUCCGUAUGGGGUAUCGCGUCGAAAUUGGCGGCUGUGAGUCAGCUGGCGCCGGGGUGGGCGAACGCGGAUUCAACGCCACGCGCUGCGUAGGUACGCGAGGGCCGCUUGAUGUCCCCCUGGCGUGUGGGUUGACGGAGGCGCAAUGUACACGGCAAGCUAUAACAAGUGUGAGCGAAAAGGAAACCGAUAUGAUUUUGCCGCCGUGUGCCGAUGGAUCGCACGGGUUGGCUGCCGUUGGCCAAUAGGAGAGCGGGGACGGCAAGGCGCUGCUAACGCCUCUCGAGAGCUAGUAACUAGUGUUGCCAACCUCGAAGACGCCUUCGCGGUGAGCCGUCGGCCUCCUUGUGCGAGUGUGUUUGUGAAGACGCGUGUAUAAGGUUGUGUGCGUGUGUGUGUGAAAAGUGCAGUGAUAAUAAGUGUUUUCUUCAAUUAAAAGUAUCGCGAGGAUUACUGAAACCGUGGUAAUAGGGUCGCGUGGGCCGAGCGGUAAGAACGCGCAACGAUACUACCGUGUUUCGCGAGUGUCAGUGCAGUGUUCAGUGCAGUGGAGUGUUAUAAGAGCAGCACCUGCGGGGUUAGGUUCCCCUUGUAUUUGACAGGCGGAGGAAGAGGGGUAAUAUUUUGUAUAUUUAUUUGUAUAUAUAUUUAUGUAUAAAGGUAAGUGUGCGUGUAUACGAAGUCUGUUCAAAAAGUAUCGCGAAUUUGGAAUUUCCGCGGGCUACGUAUAUUCGAUUUUCGAUUUUUUUGUGGCGUUAUGUUGGUACUCAUGUCCCUCACUCAUGCUGACAAGUUCGGCCAUUUUGAAUGUUCAGUUAAUUUUUGACAGCUAUUUUGCUUGGACGUGUUUUGGCUCGUCUUCGAUUUUUGCCUACUCCAAGAAAUGGAUCAAAGAAUAUGUAUCAAAUUUUGUGUGAAAAACAAAAUUAAGUGCGCGGACGCAUUCCGAAUGUUGACUGUGGCAUAUGGUGAAGCUACCUUGAACCAAAGCAACGUUUAUCGGUGGUACAAAAUGUUCUCAGAGGGCCGAGAAGAUGUGAACGACGAAGAGCGUGCCGGACGCCCGAGCACGUCAAUAACAGACGAAAACAUUGAUGAAGUGAAGAAAAUAGUAUUGGCCAAUCGUCGAAUCACCGUUAGAGAAGUUGCUGAGGACCUAAACAUAUCGAUUGGCUCGAUUUUUACCAAUGAUUUGGGCAUGAGACGGGUCGCCGCGAAAUUCGUACCAAAAUUGCUCACUUUCAACCAAAAAUCAUCGUUGCUUGUGUGCGAAUUUUUGGCCAAAAACAACACACUAAUGAUGCCGCAGCCACCGUAUUCCCCAGACCUGGCCCCCU